CCAAGUCGAUCAGUUGAAUUCACGUCGUCGGCGAGUUGAGAAGCAAAACGCGGAAACGGUUGAGCGAACUAGCCGAGAACCUGAGCUGAGUUUCAAGAUACUUUUGUUUUUGCGCGGGUUUUUUCCGGCGACCAUUGACCAUAAAUCAGAGCAAAUAAGAUCGUUGCGGUUGUGAAUGAGCCAAGCUUAAGUCCGCUGAGAUUGCAGUGCAGCAGCUUUCAAAUUCAUCUCAGUGUGGUAAUUUCAGUGCUUCACUUUGUUGGCUAAUUGUGCAAGUUAUAAAAAAAUAAAAAUACCAAACAACAACAAGUACGCUUCAUAUUUCGCAUGCGCGACGUUUUAAAGUAUCUGUGAGGUGUGUGUGCUAGUGUACUAUCUGUGUCCGCUCAAUCUUUGCUCAAUCGCAGUCUUUGGGCAUUGCCAAAACUGGUUAACUUAAAGCAAACGUGUUCUUUACGCUUUUUGUUGACUUUGCCAGCGCAAAGCCAAAAGUUAGUCAGCAUAUUACAGAAGAAAAACACAGCGGCAGGUAAUAACAAUCUGUGGCAACAGUUCCUGCACUCAGUUGUUUACAACUAAAUCCACUCAACCGCACUAUCUGCAACGCCAGCCACUUUCAAGAACUUCAAGGAACACAGGCUGACGCAAAAUGGACGCCGCUGCCGACGGAGUACCGCCAACGGCGCCAGCAGCAACAGCGACGACGGCCAACAGUGAUCUGGAUUUGGCGGCCCGCCGUCGGCUCUUUACUUCACAGCCCUCGACGUUGGCAACACGACGCCAGCAGGCCGUUUGCGUCCGACGGGCCCACAAAAUGUAUGGCAGCAGCAAGAAUCCCAACGUAGUCCUCGACGGCCUGAACAUGACAGUGCCCAAGGGUUCCAUAUAUGGUCUCCUGGGCGCCUCUGGAUGUGGAAAAACAACGCUUCUCAGCUGCAUCGUUGGUCGACGUCGCCUCAAUUCGGGCGAGAUUUGGGUGCUCGGCGGACGACCUGGAUCGCGUGGUUCCGGUGUGCCGGGACCCCGGAUUGGUUAUAUGCCACAGGAGAUAGCCCUUUACGGCGAAUUCACAAUGCGUGAAACUUUAAUCUACUUCGGCAUCAUUUCGGCCAUGGCCCGCAGUGACAUCGAGGAUCGCACCGAAUUCCUGCUCAAAUUGCUCAAUUUGCCAAAUGGCUCGAAAUUUGUCAAGAAUCUGAGCGGAGGCCAGCAGCGUCGGAUGAGUUUGGCAGUGGCCCUGCUACAUGAGCCGGAGCUGCUUAUUUUGGAUGAGCCGACAGUGGGAGUGGAUCCAGUUUUGCGACAGAGCAUCUGGGAUCAUUUGGUGGACAUUGCCAAAAAUGGCCACACGACUGUGAUAAUCACAACACAUUACAUCGACGAAUGUGCCCAGGCACAUAUGAUUGGUUUGUUGCGCGGAGGCAAAAUGUUGGCUGAAGAAUCGCCCGAUUAUCUGCGACAGCAAUAUAAUGCCGAGUCUCUAGAAGAUGUUUUCCUAAAGCUCUCCGUGAUGCAAAAUAUGGGUAAGCGACGUCGAUCCUCGAUCGCCCAGGAGAUCGUCGAACAGGUGACAGUCCCGGCUAUUUCCAAUCCUGCUCUGGACAUGUCAGAUGAGCAGCAUGCCGCCGAGAUUUCCGGCGAGUUCGGUGACAACAUAUCGAUGUCCUCGGCAGCCCGUGAUCCGAUCAGCAGUACUGCGGUUGCAGCUCCUCCUCUGCCCCCGGUCCAGGAGACACCCACAUCCUUUUGGUACAAUCUUCAUGUGAUGCAGUCGCACCAUCUGCACGCCCUUAUUUGGAAGAACUUCUUGUGGAUGAUGCGCAACGUUGGGGUGAUGCUGUUCAUUGUGGGCCUGCCCGUGGUCCAGAUUCUGUUGUUCUGCUACGCAAUUGGCCAUGAUCCGACUGGCAUCAAAUUGGCUGUGGCGAAUCACGAGAUGAGCGAGGAAAUGAUUAUGCAACAAUUCUGCCCAGUCCACACCGGAUGCAAUCAGACGAUGCUGAGCUGCCGUUAUAUCGAUAUGCUGGUCAAGAACAAGAGCAUGGUUGUGAAAUAUUUAAACGAUGAUGAAGCCGCCUAUGAGGAGGUCAGGAGAGGAAAAGCCUGGGCCGCCUUGGUGAUCCAACCGAAUUAUACAGAAUCCCUCAUGGAACUUGUUGAAGAAGGACGCUAUACCGAGGAUGGAACCAUUGAAGCCUCAAACUUUAACGUGCGGAUGGACUGGUCAAAUCAGCAAAUCUCGCAGAUGCUGUACCGCGAUCUCCAGUACACAUUCUUUAGCUUCGUGGAAAAUAUGCUGACGGACUGUGAAAUGAACCCGAAGUUGCUUCGAGUGCCUGUGGAGUGGGAGCAGCCCAUUUACGGCUACCGGAAUCCCAACUUUACGGACUUUGCUGCUCCUGGUGUGAUCCUGACCAUUAUCUUCUUCCUUUCGGUGGCCAUUACGUCGGGUGCCAUGCUGAUCGAGCGGAACGAGGGCAUGUUGGAGCGAUGCCUGGUGGCGGGAAUCACGGGUCCGGAAAUCCUCCUCUCACAGGUGGUCACCCAGUUCACGGUCAUGCUCAGUCAGACUAUCUUCGUGUUGAUAGUUAGUUUCUACUUCUUUGAGCUGACAUUGGUUGGCGACAUUUGGCUGGUGGUGGCCCUUUGUAUCCUGAACGGACUGUGUGGAAUGAGCUUUGGAUUUGUUAUUUCCUGUGCGGUAGAUACGGAGCGAACGGCCACGUAUGUGGCAAUGGGCUCAUUCCUGCCCAUCGUGAUGUUGUGUGGCAUUAUCUGGCCCAUCGAGGGCAUGUUUCCACUGCUGCAGUUUGCCACCGCCUUCCUGCCACUCACCAAGCCCACGGAGUCCAUGCGAUCGAUCCUGCAACGCGGCUGGGGCAUUGACAACCCGGCCGUGUACAAUGGCUUCAUAUCAAUUUCAUCCUGGGUUCUGGUGUUCCUCAUACUCACUAUUCUGCUGCUCAAGUUCAAAAAGGGUUAGGUUCUAUGCAUAUUGCACAUUACACAGAAAAUUGUGAUUAAGAAUUAGUGGGUAUAUUUCAACUCAAAGCAUUUUACUUGAAACAUUUACAAAAAUUUUCCCAUUCCAAUGUCAAUUGGUGGAACAUGGCCAUUAAUUAAUGUUAACAAAAACUAAAUAUGAAAUUCGAGAUGAAACAAAAAUUGGACUGGAACAGGUUAAAUGGAAUUGAACUUUAAAAUGUCUAAGAAUCAACACGUAAAUGAGUCAAAAAUAUGGAUGUUUUCUGUGCACAUUGCUUAUGAUUUUAUUAGGUUUUAAGGGUAGUCUUACGCUAGAUUAGCCGUGUCCUUAGUCCUUAGAUUUAGCCUUCUACCACUGGCAAAUUGGUUCCGGAUCACCAAUACUACCGAGCAUGUAAACUUUUGUGCCUUGUAGUUUUAAGCCCUCCUCUUGUCAUAUCACCAUCACGACCAUGUCACAUUCGCCCACAAAGACAUCAGAGCAUUCUAUAUAUUUAUGUUGUAAGCUUGUGAACAAAAUACAAAACUUUGAAUAAAUUGAUACAUAGAAAAACUUUCCCGAGA